AUGGCUGUCAAAGACGUGUGGGAACAAGGUCUCGGCGGUGCCGGAUGGGGAGUGCUUAUCAGUGGUGAAUCGAUGCCUGCCUUGAACCGGCUUCCUCAGCCACAGCCACGCCCGAGCCGGUUACUCCAAACAUUGCGCGCGCACAGUCGUCCUGCUGCUCCUGUUUAUCCAAGACGUCAAACAAAGGCCCCUUUUACGCUGAAACGGGCAAUCUUGACCGCAAGUCGCUGGUGUGCGCGCUCAGACACACACGCCCCCGGCCGUCGACACAAUCGGAGAGGGAAGUGGGGUCUCGUUGGGGUCCUAUUGCAUUCCACCAUCUGUCCACACUGCGGGUGCCAUAAUUUUGGGGGACCCGGCUUAGCAGACGCCUCUCACACACUUUCUGAUAUCGCCUGCCCUGCAUCCAUCCCUUGGAGCCUUGACCCGAGCCUUGACCUGCGCCUGAACCAGCACCUGAACCUGAACCUGACCAGCCGCAUCAUCAGUCCGACACACGGGGCUGUGCAACCCUGCAACCAAGCAACACCAAGCACCACCACGACUCAUCCACUGCCAGGUCUGGCUGACGAACCGAUUACCCUCGUCCGUCCCUCUCCGCAGCACCGGCACUCGAGCAACAUCACGGGCUCCCUCCCCAAGCCGCGGCCGCACGCGCACUCGGUGUCGAUGGCGUCGCUGAACCCGGCGCAUCGCGUCACGCGCAGGAAGAGCAUGAGCUCGACGGCGGGCAGCAAUGUUGCGGCUCUGGCUGCGGCGGCCAAGGGCAUGUCGGGGGCGCCGCUGGAGAGCCCCUCGGCCAUGGCAGGCACCACGACGACGACCAGCAGCUCGCGCCGCAUGUCCAAGCCCGCGCUGCAGUUCCGCGGGCCCAGCGUGUCCCUACACCCGCCCAUGGGCUCGAGCAUGCCCGGCCACGGCUCGCCCUUCAGCCCUGGCAGCUACAGCGCGGCGGCCAGAGGUGAAGCCCUCACUGACGGGCCCGCCCUGGCGUCCAUGCCCGAGCACGAGCAGGCCGGCGCCAAGUCGAGGACACGGCGGGCCAGCGAGGGCUCGCGGCUGGCCAAGGGCGACGGCAGUGGCAGCAGCAGCAAGCGCACAAGCGGCAGCGACCUGCGAUGUGAAAAAUGCGGCAAGGGAUACAAGCACAGCAGCUGUCUGACCAAGCACCUUUGGGAGCACACGCCCGAGUGGCAGUACACGUCCAAGCUGCUCAUCUCCAAGCACCAGCAGGUGCAGCUCCUCGAGGCCGCCUCCGUCCUCGUCGCCAUGAACAAGGAGAGCGACGCGGGCGACAGCGACCACUCGUCUGCCUCGCCCGCGGCCUCGGCUUCGUCUGGCUUGCGUGACGGGUUGAGCUCCACUGAAACUACCCCGCCCCCGCAACUCGACGACCAUGCCGUGGGGUCGUUCCGCUCGCAAUUUGCAGCCCGCUCCGUCAAGCGCUACUCGGCCACCAGCUCCGCUUACGGCCAAUCUUACCAGUCGACCGUCUUUUCCGACAAUGGCAACGCCGGCCACUUUCGCCAUUGGAGCAACGUGUCCGAUCGCCCGACCACCUCGGGCACCUCGCUUGCCGGCUCCUAUCACGAUGACGGCACCAACGACCCUUCGGACCUUGCUGCCGCCGUCGGCCUGCUGAGCUGCUCCUACGGCACGCCCACCUCGGGUCCUGUUGCGCUGCCGUCGGACGUGCCACCCGUGCCGCCGCUACCUGCCAAGUUUUUGAGCUUCAGCGCGAGGACCCUGUCAGGCAACACCAUCGUGACACCGCAGCAGUCUAGCAUGCGCAACAGCUACCGCUACCACAGCGAGAGCAAAGACGUUGACGUCGAUGUCGAUGUUGAUGUCGACAUGGACGACGACCAGUUUGCAGAUGAAGAAGACUACCGCCAGUCCAACUCGCGCAGUCGCGGCCGCGCAGACGAAGACGACGACGCUUUCUUCGGGAGGAUGGAGGAGUAG